UCUCCAUGGUGGUAUAAGAGAUAAAUAGAUGGGUCUUUAGUGACACAGAGGUAAACAAGAUGGAAGACAGUGUGGCAACCAGUGAAGAUACAGAUGAAAAGCCUAAGACUGUGAAGGUCCAAGGGUUUAAACCGCACACAAGCGAUGAUGCACUUGAAUUGUAUUUUGAAAACCCCAGGAAGGGCGGAGGAGAAAUUCUUCAGUUUCAGCGACAUAAUGAUGUUAUCUACAUAACAUUUACUGAUUUCAAAGUUGCUAAGACCAUUGUUGAAAAGACCCACAGGUUUGGUGACUGUGAUCUCCAAGUACAGUUUUCCAUCGCCCUGCCUCCACAGACUGCUCGACCCAGCUACACUGACAGAGUGCUGGUCACAGGUAUCAGAGAGUGCACAACAACAGACUGUUUGAUAAACUACCUGGAAGUCCGAGGGCAUUGUGACAUCAGGGAUAACAAUGUCCUGUACGGCGACAAUCAAGGAAUGGCAGUUGUCAUAUUUGAUGAAAUGCCAGACCUGGAAAAACUCCAAGCAGAAUGUGCAAAACGACCUCUGGAAGGUUCUAACUUGACAGUCAGCAAGGUUCUUGUUAGUAAGACUAUCAUUGUACGGGGACUAAAAUCAAAGACCACUAAAGAUACAGUUAGUAACUACUUUGAAGGGAAACGUUCUGGUAAUGUGGAUGGUGUUGAGGUUGAGAAGGUUCAGAUGAUUUCUAAUAAAGGUUACUGUCUGGUUUGCUUUAGAGAUCAUACAGCCAUUGAGCCAAUUGUGACCAUGAGCAGAUGCCACAAGCUUGAUGGUGCUACUCUGGAUGUUGCCGUUUAUCACGAAUGUCUUUUUGAUGAAGAAGAUGACGACAACGACAGUGAGCCAACCUUGUGUGAAAUCCCAGCUCCAGUGGAAGUCAAAAACCUUGAUAAGCACAAACUGAAAUUUAUUCAAGAGUCCAAAAAAUCAAAUGAAUCUCUUUUCAAAGAUUUGGAGUGUCGUCAUGCCAAACUAAGCUGGUCAGAAUUAGAUGAUAGAUCAGUUACUCUGACAUGUACUCUGACAAAGGAGAUGCCAGAUGCAUGUUCCUUGUCAAGCAGCUGGGCUAGUGAUGCAGAAAAUGUGUUGCUCAAAUAUCUGAUUGUGCUUCAAGUUGAGAAAAUACAUGUUCUUCAAGAUAUUUGGGAUGAAGUUGUGAAAGAAUGGGAUGUCAAGCACACUGCUGAUGCGAGUGUGUUCAUUUUGAGGGAUCUCUCUACAGUAGUUGUUGUUGGACAUGCAGCAGCUGUCACAACUACAGUGGAAGAAGUGAAAUAUUUGGUGAAGAAGAUCAAAGAAACAUAUGAAAAGAAAAGCAUUGAAACAUUUGAGACCAUUAGCAGUAUAAAAUCAGUACUACUGCAUCUACUUCUGAUAAAUGACUUUCCCAAGAAAAUGAUGAAAAAAUAUCUUGGGUUGACAGUUAAUAUAAAGAUUCAAACAGCUGAAAUAGUUUUUCAGGGAGAUCUUGGAGAUGUAAACAAAGCAAAGCUUGAAAUGUAUGAGUCAAUUCCGACAACUAAAGAGUUCAAAGGACCCAGUCUGAGUGAGGGUCAGUUGCAGUUGAUUAAUAAGAAAAGUGUUCAAGAUUAUAUUUUUAAGAAAUUAAAAAGCAAAAAUGUGUUAGGUGCCUGGGAAGUAAGUGGUACUGGAGUCACAGUCUUCACAUUCAGAGAUACUGAUCCCAUGAAGGUUGCAGAAGUGAUCAGUGAGUCUGUGGUUGAGAACAAACAGACUCUGGAUCCUGAGGCUGUUGCCCUGUUGUCAUCAGAGAAAUGGAAGUCAUUCACUACUCACCUGUCGGCUAGAUUUGGUGAUCGUCUGGAAUUCAUCCAUGAAACUGGUAACAGUGAUAUUACCAUUAUUGCCACAGAUGACAUCAAUUUUGCACUGGAAGUUGAUCAAUUCAUUUUGGAUAAUGCCUUAUAUACACGGUCAGUCAGGUUUCCAUCAGGUAUCCUUCGCUUUUUGCAGCAGUACUGUGAGAGAGAGAUCAGUGAAAUAAUGUCUGAAUUUAAAAUGCUUCAAGCAUCCAUACAAUAUGCACCUAAUGACAGCGAGUUUACUAUCAAUGCUACUAAGAGUGGAAUGGAUUCAGUCACAAAAGCUUUAAAAGAUUUGGCUGGUAAAAUCGAACAGACAAAGUAUGUACACAGUCGAACUGGCAUGUGCAAGCUGAUGCAAUCACUCAGAGGAAGUCAGUUCAUUGCUGGAUUGGAGUCCAGAGAAAGGUGCAUCAUUGUAACAGAAUUUGUUGAUGGUCAAAAACCGAUGGCAAAAAGCCAUCACACAGUGGAACAAGCAGCUUCUGCAGCUGAAAUUGUUGAAAGUAAUACUGAACAUGGUGUGAAAGUCUCUGCUUUUGCUGAAAUUCUGGAUAACAAGGCCAGUUUUUCUAAAGGUGUCAUCAAACAAGUAUCCCUACAACAAGACAACUUGGAUUUUGGUGGUGAUGUCAUGACAGUUACUGGGAAGAAGGACAAACUUCAGGUCGAUCACUACAUCCGUUGGUGUUGGAAGUCUGCAAGUCAACAGCCACUUCCGCUGCUUCUGGAAGUUAUCAGCACUAGCUUUGGGUGUACGUUUCACUGGUUCCGGAUCCGGAAGCUCUCGAUUUCAACAUAUUCCCUCCACCAGUACUGCUUCCCAGAGUGCUCCAGCAGUUUCAAGAGUUUCGCUGUUGACUACUCCUCAUCGCUCCAAUGUGGCCAGGGAGAGUCUGGUAUCCUGACCUCUUAUGUCGCACGGAUUCAGAUCCUCUACCACUACCCAACUGGGAUUGCCUCCUGCUUCAUCCCACGUCGUGACUGGACCAUCCCAAUCUAUCCUUGUUCCAGCUACACGUACAUGUGUGGACCUUAUCUCCGAGGGUUUGAAGAAAAAAGGUUUCUCUUCCAAGACCAUGGAGGCUAUACUGAAGAUACUUCACCUGUCCUCAAGGUUUUAUAUCCACCCAGGACUCCCCGCUUCCAGUUCUCCAUGCAAUUUGCUCAGGAAACUGUUUUUGGAGAUCCCCUCACUGAAAAGUGUAACACUGCUGCACAAGAUGGGAAGCCAAGUGGUUUUGAACAUCCCUCUGAGAUUUGUCUGUGCUACUUCUCUGACAAACUGAUGAACAUCAAUAGAUGCAUUGAACUCAUCGAACGUUUUUGUGAAGAGGAAGCAAUUGAGAAAACACUUCAAGAUGAAUCAUUGAAAAUGUUGAAUGCAUCACAGACUGAAAAAUUGAAGUGUCUUGAAAUAGACUAUCAAGUGUCAGUGACGUACCAACAGAACCUUGGACAGCUUCAUAUUCAAGGAUUACAACAGGAUGUCCAUAAAGCCUCUGAUGAUGUACAGAAAAUUCUCAGAGAAGUUGAUUGCUUUAAGCUGGAAUGUCAGAAAGCUGAAAUUCUUUCAAAUCAAGUUCAGUGGUACUUUAUUGAUGUUGAUGAAAAGGGACAAGAAACUCUAACAAAGUAUGACAAUGAUGUGAAUGGUACAAUAGGGAAAGCGUAUUAUGAUAAAUUCCCUACAGUCACUCUGCAAGCUGGUGAGACUAAAUACAUCAUUGAUUUCAAUGCCAUGGAAGAGUAUCCUGCUAAUAAUAGAAUUUACUCUGUCAAAGUUGUCUACAAUGAUCUCAUUAAAGGUGCUGCUUCCAUAGCAUGCUCCACAACCUGCUGUGCCUGGAAUGUUACUGGUCUAUCACCCAAAUUCACCAGACACACCCCAGCCUUGUCGCCUGCUGCAUGGAACGUAUAUGGCAUCAUUGUUAAUGUCGACACACAUUCCGUGCUCAGCUUCACCACAAAUGCGGGCAUACUUCGGCUCACACUACAGUCGAAAUGUUUCGCCGAAUUUGGUGUUAUUGAUCAAAUUCUUGAUUACGGUAAAGGUCACAAGCUUGAGGGUGCCGAACUGAAUGUUUCCAUUUACCACGAAUGCCUUGGUGUGGGAGGGAAAGUGUGCGACCCGAUCUGGUUUAAAAUGCCAGAUUCAUUGCAAGUUAAAAAUCUUGAUAAACACAAGAUAAAAUUUAUUAGAGAGUCCAAUUCAUCAAGGGAAUGCCUUUUAAAAGAGUUGAAACAUUGCCAUUCUGAGUUAACCUGGGUGACUGGUGAUGAUUCUGCAGUUGAACUUAAGUGUUCUCUUACAACAGAGGUGCUAGAUGCUCGUCGCCUGUCUCGCACCUGGAAAACUGAUGCUGAAACUGCAUUGAAGGAAUUUUUAAGUCUGUUAGAAGUGAAGAAAAUCAAAGUUCUCAAUGACAUUUGGGAUGAGGUUGAAAAAGGAAUAGAUGCUAAGCAUACAGAGGGAGCAAGCAUGUUCCUUUACAAGGAUCAGUCAUCAAUAGUUGUGGUAGGAUAUGCUAAAUUUGGUAAAAAGAUGGCUGAAGAAGUGAAUUCAUUGGUGAAGAAAGUGGAAGAUGACUUUAAAAGGAAAAAACAGACAGUAUCCGAGACUAUCAACAAAGUAAAAUUAAUUCAACUGCGUCUGCUUCUUACCAGUGGUUUUCCAAAAGAUAUGAUGAACAAGUUUCCUGGGUUGAAUGUAAAUAUCAAGAUACCAAAAGUUGAAAUAUCAUUUCAAGGAAUUGUUGGAGAUGUUAAAAAAGCACAAGUUCAAAUGUAUGAGUCACUUCAAAACACCACCUAUUCCAAAGUACAGAAUUUUUCUCAUGGUCAAUUACAGUUAGCUGAUAAGAAGAGUGUUCGAGAUCACAUUGUGAAGAAAAUGAAAAGUAAGAGCCUGGUAGGCGUUUGGGAGAUCACUCCGACAGAGGUGACAAUACUAGCAUUCAGUGACAGUGAUGCUGUUGGAGUGGCUCAGAUGAUUAAGAAGUCUGUUAUUCAGAACAUACACCCACUUGUUCCUGAAGCUAUUAUUCUGUUGUCAUCAGAUGGAUGGUUUAAACUUACAACUGAACUAUCAAAGAGGUAUGGAGAGAUGAUAAAAAUCAUCCCAGAACCUGACAACAGCCAGGUUGUCAUUAUUGCCACAGAUGACAUCAUUGCUGCUGCAGCAGAGGAUGUCAUUAAUUUUUUUUCAGAAAAUACCAUCUUUGAGCAAACCGUCAAAUUUCCAGCAGGCAUCCAGCGUUUUUUGCAAAAUCAUUGUGAUAACGACAUCAGUAAAAUAGCAUCCUAUCUGAAAAGUAUGCAAGUACAAAUCAGUUACUCUCGUAUGAGUAAGGAAUUUACCAUCAAGGCUACAAAAUAUGGCGUGGACUCAUCGAUAAAAGCUUUACAAGAUUUAGCCAAUAAGGUGGAUCAGAAAAGGUUUGUACACAAAAGACCUGGCAUUCGUAAACUAUUACUGUCGCAAAAAGGCACUCAGUUCGUCGCUACCUUGGGGUCCAGUAAUAAGUGCAUUAUUGAAAAAACCUUUGACAGCAGUGAAAGAAUGACUGUAGGCAGCCAGCAUGUGAUGGAGAGUACUGCCGCUGCAGUUGCAGGUGUAAAUGUUGUAGCUAAAUGCAGUAUGCCAGGACAACGACAGCUCUGUUUUGUUGCAGGAGAUAUAACUCGGAUGAAAGUUGACGUCAUUGUAAAUGAAGCUAAUGAGAGGCUGAAUCACAUUGGUGGUUUGGCCAGGGCCAUUGUUGACAAAGGUGGCGAUUCUAUUCAGAGGGAAUGUAACAACUAUGUUUCCAGGCAUGGACGUGUACCAGUUGGUGCAGUGGCCAUCUCACAGCCAGGCAAUCUACCCUGUAAGUUGAUAGUCCAUGCGGUGGGUCCUGUAUGGUCCGGAGGAAGAAAAGGUGAAGAGGACUUGUUGAGUGACGCUAUUAUUAACAGUCUCCAAGAAACAGAUAAGAAGAACUUUACAUCUAUAGCCAUCCCUGCCCUGAGCUGUGGCAUAUAUCACUAUCCAGUACCUGAAGCCACAAAUGAAAUUGUUCAAGCUAUCAAAGAAUAUUUUAAAGACUUUCCAGCCAGCAGUGUGCGUGUGAUUUACCUGACAGACAUGAGUAUAAACACAGUCAACUUUUUCAUAGCAGCAGGAAAGCAGGUGUUUGGAAAUCACAAUAUGCAUAUGGAAGAUAAAAGCUCUUUGACCUCGUAUGGUGGGACCUUUGGAGGCUCAUAUGUAAAGCCAGCUACGGCACCAAAACGUUAG